GUCAAAAUGGCGGCGAAACUUGUACGAUAGACAUAAAAUAGUCUACGAUGGAUGCUUAUCUCUAGUUGACAAACGUGUAUAGAAAACAAAUGAAUUUUUAAGGUAUAACCUUCGAGCAGAAAAAUUUUUAUGUUUUGAGGCUAGCAUAGGGUGCUUCGUCACAGAGAGAUUUUCGUAAUUCAGUUAUCACCUGGCAGUUCGUUGAAUAGUUUCAUGUUUCUACGUCGAAAACCUACCUUUGGUCGAGAAGGGAAAAAACUCCACAAUGACGCAAGGUUCAAGAAUUAUUCGUAAACUACGAUUUUCAAGACGCUACCUAAACUCCUCCGGAUCCUCGUCGAGUAUUCUUCGUUGCAGCAGAGCGCCCGUCUUUGCAAGAAGUCACAAUUCAGGAACAAUUAGCACUUCCAGUCCGAAAGGAACGUGUUCAAAUUUUAGUGAUGCUUUCUCAGAGGAGAAUAAAGACCGCCUUGUUAGGCAGCUUGGAAGAAUGAGAAUUCCUAAAUCUUUGGUGGCAAGGUGUUCAGAGGAGGCUGCUGUAUUUGUUCCUUUCUGUCUGGUGAACUCUAUACCCUCUUUACUUUUUACCCUUCGUUCAAGUCAGUUGAACAGUCACAGAGGAGAAGUAAGUUUUCCAGGUGGUAAAAGAGAUCCUGAAGACAAUAGUAUGGUAGACACAGCCGUGAGGGAAAUGGAAGAGGAAUUGGGACUGGAGAGAAGUCGUGUUCAAGUCUGGGCUCAGAUGCCAGCAUUUCCAGAUCGGGUUGGUAAAACAGCUGUCACUCCCGUCAUUGGCUUUCUUGGAGAAAUUGAUUUGAAUUCACUUAAAUUGAAUCCAGAGGAGGUGGAAUCUGUCUUCACUCUUUCUCUGGCACACCUCUGUAGUCCACAAAAUCAUGGGUAUACCAAGUUUACAUCUCAAGCUGUCUAUCCAUUGUUUCUUAACGGACCUCACAAGAUUUGGGGUCUCACUGCUAUAGUGCUUGAACAAGUGCUACUUAUCACUGUUCCAGAGAGCUUUCAAAAACAGUUUUUCAGGCCAGUAAAUAAAACAUUAUAUACAGCAAGCAUGAAGGAGUCUGGAAAGAAGGAAAGUGAUUGAAGAAAGCCUUAUAUACACACUGUAAGGUCGUAAGCUUAUUUUACAAAUUAAAUAGAAUACAAAAACAAAACAGAAAGAAAUGGUAAUCAAAAGAGAACUCAACACUGCCAAUACUUUCUUUGUGAAAGGUGCUUUUUUAUUUUUAAAAUAUAUUACCAAACAUUUUUGUUUCAUAAAUUGUACAAAUCAUCAAGUGACCUUUUACAAAAACUACUGCUAAUGGUAGGUGUGUCUAAGAUAAAUACAUGGCUGGUUUUCACAAAAUGACUCAAACAACAAGCUCGAUAAGUUGACUAUCGUGCAGAAUUACAGAAAAAUGUUAAAAUGUAGUUAUAACAGUAAUUAAAAAAUCUCACAUUUCUUUAAUCUAAAGAAGAGAGUCGGCAACUGCAUAGUAUUUCUAAUUUCAAGUCUGCAUAACAGUCAUUACAUAAAUUGACCAAUCAGAGCGCGCGCUUUACUUUGGUUAUGUUAUAACAGUAAUUGAAAAAUCUCACAUUUCUAAAGAAGAGAGUCGGCAACUGCAUAGUAUUUCUAAUUUCAAGUCUGCAUAACAGUCAUUACAUAAAUUGACCAAUCAGAGCGCGCGCUUUACUUUGGUUAUGUUAUAACAGUAAUUGAAAAAUCUCACAUUUCUAAAGAAGAGAGUCGGCAACUGCAUAGUAUUUCUAAUUUCAAGUCUGCAUAACAGUCAUUACAUAAAUUGACCAAUCAGAGCGCGCGCUUUACUUUGGUUAUGUUAUAACAGUAAUUAAAAAAUCUCACAUUUCUAAAGAAGAGAGUCGGCAACUGCAUAGUAUUUCUAAUUUCAAGUCUGCAUAACAGUCAUUACAUAAAUUGACCAAUCAGAGCGCGCGCUUUACUUUGGUUAUGUUAUAACAGUAAUUAAAAAAUCUCACAUUUCUAAAGAAGAGAGUCGGCAACUGCAUAGUAUUUCUAAUUUCAAGUCUGCAUAACAGUCAUUACAUAAAUUGACCAAUCAGAGCGCGCGCUUUACUUUGGUUAUGUUAUAACAGUAAUUGAAAAAUCUCACAUUUCUAAAGAAGAGAGUCGGCAACUGCAUAGUAUUUCUAAUUUCAAGUCUGCAUAACAGUCAUUACAUAAAUUGACCAAUCAGAGCGCGCGCUUUACUUUGGUUAUGUUAUAACAGUAAUUAAAAAAUCUCACAUUUCUAAAGAAGAGAGUCGGCAACUGCAUAGUAUUUCUAAUUUCAAGUCUGCAUAACAGUCAUUACAUAAAUUGACCAAUCAGAGCGCGCGCUUUACUUUGGUUAUGUUAUAACAGUAAUUAAAAAAUCUCACAUUUCUAAAGAAGAGAGUCGGCAACUGCAUAGUAUUUCUAAUUUCAAGUCUGCAUAACAGUCAUUACAUAAAUUGACCAAUCAGAGCGCGCGCUUUACUUUGGUUAUGUUAUAACAGUAAUUAAAAAAUCUCACAUUUCUAAAGAAGAGAGUCGGCAACUGCAUAGUAUUUCUAAUUUCAA